UAAAAUGUUAGUAAAGCAGGUCAACUGUUCGAGUCUACGACAGUCCGACUAUCCGAGCGUCCGAUUGUCCGAACGUACGACGGAGCAACUGGCUGACCCCACUGAGUGACAGCUGGGGUUUAGGUGGGUUCAGGCGAGCUUAAUUAGAUCUGCAUACGGAAUGUGGCGCACAAGUUGGGUUAACCCCAAAAUGGAGUUGGAAAACUCGAAAAGCGCUCAACAGUGCGUAGUGUGUGCUGCAAGGAUGCACUUGGCAUUGCUCUCCCUUUGGAUAUGCCUAGCCGGAGCCCUGGAUUGGAGCCAGCUGAUGAGUCCGAGGCCCGUGGAUAACUACCAGAGCCAGCUGAAGCAGCUGCUGGAGCGGCUGCUGCGGCGGGCACAGGUGCAGCGCUGCUUUGCGGUCAUCACAGACGACCUGCACCACGCCCUCUACGACCGGGCGUACUUCGAGGCCGUGGGCCCUCUGCCCUCUGCCCGACCGCACUUUCUGCUGCGGCUGAAUGCCAGCGAGAAUUUGCGCAGGCCGUCCAGGCAAGUGGAGCUGCUGCUGCGCGCGAUCCGGGCCAGUGACUGCGACCUGUACGUGCUGACCCUGCUGAAUGGGUGGCAGGUGAAGCACCUGAUGAAGUUCGUCUACGAGAGUCGCGCCUUGAAUAUGCAGCGCAAGUUCCUCCUGCUGCACGAUGUCCGGCUCUUCACCGAGGAUAUGCUGCACGUGUGGAGCGUCUGUGUGAAUGCCGUGUUCCUCCGGCGACAGCUGGACAACAGCUACAGCAUUUCGACCAUUGCCUAUCCGGGCAUAUUGAGCCGCGUUGUGGUCCUCAAGCAGCUGGAGAACUGGAGAGCUGGUAAACGCAUGGAGGGAGCAAUCAUUUUCACGGAUAAAACUCGAAAUUUGCACGGUGCUCAACUGGCCGUGGCCAUUGCUGAGCACGUGCCGAUGGUGCAGCUGAAUCGAUCCACGAACACUUAUCAAGGCGUUGAGGUGGAAAUCAUGAACGCCCUGGCCAAGGCCCUAAAUUUCCAGCCGCUUUAUUAUGCGAUAAAUGAGAGCGACGCCAGCGAUUGGGAGCAGUCGCUGCAGGGGAACGAGACCCGCAUGGAGAGAGGUCUGGUUGGGGAAGUGGCGCAACACAAUGCUCGCUUUGGCAUUGGGGAUCUGCAUCUGUUCCAGAGUUAUGUGCAGCUGGUGGAGUUGAGUGUGCCGCACAGUGUUGAGUGCUUGACGUUCCUGACGCCCGAAUCAUCCAAGGACAAAUCCUGGCAGACCUUCAUACUGCCCUUUAGCGGCGGCAUGUGGGCUGGCGUCCUGCUCUCCCUGGUGGCCGUCGGCACCAUCUUCUAUCUGAUCAGCUACUUGAAUGCGCUGCUCAUGGGCAGCAGCAGCCGGUUGGCCUUCUUCCGCUGCCUGCGCCGAAGACGGCGGCAGCUGCGCCGAGAUCCGCUCAGCUGGCAGCGUUUAAGCUUUCGCAUUACCCUGGGCAGGCAUCGUCCCAGACCCCAGCUGGGUGCUGCUCGUCGGGACAUCUUUGAUAACUAUUCGAAUUGCAUUCUGCUCACGUACAGCAUGUUGCUCUAUGUGGCACUGCCCCGCAUGCCGCGCAACUGGCCGCUGCGCGUGCUCACGGGCUGGUAUUGGGUCUACUGCAUCCUUCUGGUGGCCACCUACAGGGCCAGCUUUACGGCCAUUUUGGCCAAUCCGGCAGCCAGCGUCACCAUUGACACGCUCCAGGAUCUGAGCCGCGCCCGCAUCCCGCCCACAACUGGAGCAGCCGACAACAAGCAGUUUUUUCUGGAGUCCAGCGAUGAGACAGCCCGCGAGGUGGGCGCCCGCAUGGAAAUAGUACAGCAGCUCGACGACUUGACCAAGCGCAUAGCUAGGGGUCAGUGCGCCUACUAUGACAACGAGUUCUUUCUGAGAUAUUUGCGUGUGGCAGACGAGGCACAUGGUGUGGCCAUGGGCGCGCUACACAUCAUGAGGGAGUGCGUUGUCCAUAUGCCCGUCGCGCUGGCUCUGGAGAAGAACUCGGCGCUGAAGCCGCACGUCGACAGCAUAAUACAGCACCUGGGCGAGGGCGGUCUGAUUGCCAAAUGGCUGCGGGAUGUGAUCAAACGUUUGCCAGCCGAGGAGCAGGCGCCGCAGGAGGCGCUCAUGAAUCUGCACAAGUUUUGGAGCUCCUUCGUGGCACUGGGCAUUGGCUAUCUGGUGUCGAGUCUUGUGCUACUCCUGGAGCACUGGCACUUUAGGUAUAUCGUCAUGAAGCAUCCCAUAUAUGAUGUCUACAAUCCGAGCUUAUACUAUAAUUUCAAGCGGAUUUAUCCGCACGAAUAACUUGGCAAUAAUAUAACUAAUAUUAUUAUAUUAAACAAUUCUUGUCCUCAUAAAAAACAACUGACAAUUCUUGUGUGAGCCGCUGACGCAAUCAACGGAGUCCACUUUGGAAGGCGGCAUACCAUAGAAAAUAAUACCAUAUAUCAAAUCGAUUCAAGUGGCCUCAAGUAUCCAGCAAUGUGUUGUAUAAAAUUGAAAGAGUUUUCAAUUCGUUUCGUAAAUAAUAAUUCGCAUUGUUUAAUAUCUCGUAGGCACAUUAAGCAUUCAUUAUUUGUUUAUUGCCCAAAAAUCUUGGCCAACAAUAAUCGAAAUAUCGUAAAUAAUUCAGUUGCCAAAUGCCAGGCUAAACACACAGAAAGAAGAAAGCAUUAACAUUUCAAGAGAACCGAUCAACUCUGAAGAAAUCACGAGGCGAGACUGUGUUAUUCGUAAUCUGUGCUAUAAACACCAACAAGAAUUUGCCGGUGGUUCGAUUCAGGGUUUGAACCAAUGCCUUGCCUUUAGUUUCGGUUCAGUUCGUGAAGCGGCUUUUCCACAAACGUUCCACAAGUGACUUUUCGAUUC